UCUCUGAUACCUGUUCAGAUACCACAACCAGAAAGUCAUGUCUGGAAUCAAAGGAAAACCAGGAUUUAAACAGCCAAAUCCUGUCCAACCAAUCCUGGAGCCACAACCUAUCUGUGAAGACAUAGCGCAAGUCACUCCGAAGCAUCCUGCUCCUUGUCCUGUGCCUAUGACAACACAACCUUGUGCACCUGUGCAAGUUACUCCACAACCUCCUGCUCCUGUGCCUGUGACACCACAGCCUUGUGCACCUGUGCAAGUUACUCCACAACCUCCUGCUCCUGUGCCUGUGACACCACAGCCUUGUGCACCUGUGCAAGUUACUCCACAACCUCCUGCUCCUGUGCCUGUGACACCACAGCCUUGUGCACCUGUGCAAGUUACUCCACAACCUCCUGCUCCUGUGCCUGUUGCACCACAGCCUUGUGCACCUGUGCAAGUUACUCCACAACCUCCUGCUCCUGUGCCUGUUGCACCACAGCCUUGCGUCCCCGUGCAAGUCACUCCACAACCUCCUGCUCCAGUGCCUGUGGCACCACAGCCUUGUGCGCCUGAACCCACUGUUAACCAGGGGAAGAAAGGAUGCAAAAAGUAA